AUUCAAAGAGCGGAGAGCCUCGUCCAGCCUGCUCCGGCUCCGGCAGACUGCAGCUGAAGUGAAUCCGGCGGGGAAGGGCUUCAGGAGCCGCUCCACACUGGGAUCAUACUUUUAUCCGCAGAGUGGAUUUAGGAGCGAAAGGGAGCAACUCGUGCAGAUACAAAGAGGGGGGGGGACAACACCGGCAGCCAAGAUGGAGGUGAAGACGUCACUUCUAGACAACAUGAUCGGGGUGGGGGACAUGGUCCUCCUAGAACCCCUGUCGGAGGACUCCUUUCUCGAGAACCUGAGGAACCGCUUUGACCACAAUGAGAUCUACACGUACAUCGGCAGUGUGGUGAUCUCCAUGAACCCCUAUAGGUCCCUGCCCAUCUUCACACCAGACAAGGUGGAGGAGUAUCGCAACAGAAACUUUUACGAACUCAGUCCCCACAUCUACGCUCUGGCGGAUGAGGCCUACCGCUCGCUGAGGGACCAGGAUAAGGACCAGUGUAUUCUGAUCACAGGGGAGAGCGGAGCUGGCAAAACUGAGGCCAGUAAGCUGGUGAUGUCAUAUGUGGCGGCGGUGUGUGGGAAGGGCCAGGAGGUGAAUAAGGUCAAGGAACAGCUGCUGCAGUCCAAUCCUGUGCUGGAGGCUUUUGGAAAUGCAAAAACUGUAAGAAAUGACAACUCCUCAAGAUUUGGAAAGUACAUGGACAUCGAGUUCGACUUCAAAGGAGAUCCCCUGGGUGGAGUCAUCAGUAACUAUCUGCUGGAGAAGUCACGUGUGGUCAAACAGCCCAGAGGAGAGAGGAACUUCCACAUCUUUUAUCAGCUUUUGUCUGGAGCCUCGGAGGACACACUCAAGAAGCUGAAGCUGGACCGGGACUUCAGCAAGUACAACUACCUGAGCCUGGACUCGGCCGCCGUCAACGGCCUGGAUGAUGCCGCCAAUUUCAGGACAGUCAGAAAUGCCAUGCAGAUCGUGGGCUUCAUGGAGGACGAGGUGCAGUCGGUGCUGGAGCUGGUGGCCGCCGUGCUGAAGCUCGGCAACAUCGAGUUCAAGCACGAAUCCCGCUGCAACGGCACCGACGAGAGCCGCAUCAAGGACAAAAACGAUCUGAAGGAGAUGUGUGAGCUGCUGGGAAUCGAACAGUCGGUGCUGGAAAGAGCGUUCAGCUACCGCACAGUUGAGGCUAAGAUGGAGAAAGUCUCCACCACCCUGAAUGUGGCCCAGGCUUACUAUGCUCGAGAUGCACUUGCCAAAAACCUCUAUAGUCGUCUGUUUAGCUGGCUGGUUACCAGGAUCAACGAAAGCAUUAAAGCACAAACUAAAGCUCGCCACAAGGUCAUGGGUGUGCUGGACAUCUAUGGCUUUGAGAUUUUCGAGGACAACAGCUUUGAACAGUUCAUCAUCAACUACUGCAAUGAGAAGCUGCAGCAGAUCUUCAUCGAGCUGACGCUGCGUGAGGAGCAGGAGGAAUAUGUUCGAGAGGGCAUUGAGUGGACAAACAUCGAAUAUUUCAACAAUGCCAUUAUCUGCGAUCUCAUUGAGAAUAACCAGAAUGGGAUCCUUGCCAUGUUGGAUGAGGAGUGCUUGAGGCCCGGGACGGUCACCGAUGAGACCUUCCUGGACAAGCUGAACACCAUCUGUGCUGAACACCAGCACUUCGAGAGUCGUUUAAGCAAGAACUCCAAGUUCCUUACUGACCACAGCUUGCCACAUAACUGCUUCCGAAUCCAACACUACGCUGGGAAGGUGUUGUAUCGUGUCGAAGGCUUCGUCGACAAGAACAAUGACCUGCUGUACCGGGACCUGUCACAGGCCAUGUACAAGGCCAACCACAGCCUCAUCAAACAGCUGUUUCCGGAAGGCAAUCCAGCCAAAGUCAACCUGAAGAGACCACCGACUGCUGGGUCCCAGUUCAAAACGUCAGUGGGCACCCUGAUGAAGAACCUUCAGACCAAGAACCCAAACUAUAUCCGAUGUAUCAAGCCCAACGACAAGAAGGCGUCCCACAUCUUCACUGACUCUCUGGUGCGCCAUCAGGUUCGCUAUCUGGGUCUCAUGGAAAACGUGCGUGUGAGGAGAGCGGGAUACGCCUUCCGCCAGGCCUAUGAGCCCUGCCUGGAACGCUACAAAAUGCUCUGCAAAAACACCUGGCCACACUGGAGGGGGCCUGCCAGGGAAGGAGUGGAGGUGCUCAUGGCCGACCUCCAGGUUCCAGCAGAGGAGUUCUCUUACGGCCGCUCUAAGAUCUUCAUCAGGAACCCAAGAACGCUCUUUUUCCUGGAGGAGAGGAGGAGGCAGUGCCUGCAAGACCUGGCUACACUCAUUCAGAAAAUCUACCGAGGCUGGAAGUGCCGCAGCCACUUCCUGCUGCUGAAAAAGAGCCAGAUAGUGGUGGCGGCCUGGUACCGCCGAUACGCGCAACAAAAGAAAUACCAGAAGAUCAAGAGCGCCACCACUGUGGUGCAGUCGUACGCCAGAGGAUGGCAGGCCCGGAAACUCCUGAGAGAGCUGAAAUAUCAGAAGAGAUGUGAGGAGGCUGUGACCACCAUUGCAGCCUACUGGCACGGCACCCAGGCACGGAUGGAGCUGAGACGUCUAAAACAAGAGGCACGGAAUAAACAUGCUGUGACAGUAAUUUGGGCAUACUGGCAGGGAACCCAGGCCCGGAGAGAGCUGCGUCAGCUGAAGGAGGAGGCGAGGAAUAAACAUGCCGUGUCGGUCAUUUGGGCCGGCUGGCAGGGCACCAAGGCUCGCAGGGAGCUCAGGAGACUGAAGGAAGAGGCCAGGCGAAAGCACGCUGUCGCUGUGAUUUGGGCCUACUGGCAGGGACUGAAGGUCCGCAGAGAGUACAGGAAGUUCUUCAGGGCGAAUGCUGGCAAGAAAAUCUACGACUUCACCAUUCAAAGGAUUAUGCAGAAAUACUUCCUGGGCCUGAAGAGCUCGCUGCCCUCCAUGUCCCCCGUCGACAGGAGCUGGCCUGCCCGGCCGUACCUCUUCCUGGACGGGGUCCACACAGAGCUCCGGAAAAUCUUUCAUCUCUGGAGGUGCAAGAAAUACAGGGGCCAAUUCACAGAGGAGAAGAAGGCAGUGUAUGAGGAGAAACUGGAGGCGAGUGAGAUCUUCAAAGAUAAAAAGGCUCUCUACCCGAGCAGUGUGAGUCAGCCCUUCAAGGGAGAUUACCUGGAGAUCAGCAAAAACCCCAAAUAUCAGAAACUGAGCAGCGCCGUGGACGACAAGGUUCUGCUGGCCGAUGUGGUCAACAAGAUCAACAGAGCUAAUGGCAAGGGUACGGCUCGGAUCUUUUUGCUGACGAAGAAAAACUUUGUCCUGGCUGAUCAGAAGACAGGCCAGGUGAAGGCCAGCGUGCCCCUGCCAGACCUGACCAGCGUGUCAGUCAGCACACAGAGCGACGGCUUCUUCGCUCUCAAACUCAAAGAGGGAUCUGCUUCGGCUGUGAAAGGAGACUUCUUGCUCAGCAGCGAGCACCUGAUUGAAAUCAUCACCAAGCUGCACCGCAUCGGGGCCACGACAGCGGACAGGGAGCAGCUCAACAUCGACAUCUCAGAUGAGUUCCUGGUGCAGUUUAAACAGGACAAAGUAUGCGUCAAAUUCAUCCAGGCAACCCCCAAGAAUGGCAACACGGUGGCCUGCAAGCGCAAAAACAACCGCCUGCUGGAAGUGUCGGUGCCCACCUCACCGUAGUGGAAUCCUCUCUCUGCUUCGACGCUGUUCGUGAAUGAUCGGUGUGGGCGGCGGCGGACCACCGGCCACUCCCCCAAAGAAACUCUGGACUCAUCACGCCAGUGCCCACUCGGAUCCCCCAGAAUGUGCAGUUAUUCAGCUUGUUGUGUUUAUCCCCCCUCCAGCCCCUCCUAAUCUGAUUUGCUGUGGCACUCCUAUAGCCGAAACCAUGUGCCACUGAGUAUCUGGGAGGGCGAGGCAAAGAAAGCCCUCACCAGGCUUGCAUGCCACAGAAAUCCUGUGUUUUUACUGGUGGGUUUCUUUUUUUCUUUUUUUUUUUCUGUUUUUUGGGUUAACCUGAGGUAAACGGUAGAAGACGGUUGAGAUGUUGCCUAUGCACAAGCAGUUCCUGUACACUAGUGGUGAUGUGGGAUCGUGAUUGUUCUGCCUGUACGGUGAAUUAUUGUUCAGAGAAAACAACGUGACAAGCUUCAGCCUCGACGGGCCUGGCCUUAUCAGCUUUUCAGCUUUUAAGCAGUUAAAGAGACGGCUUUUUAAGAUUGUCAGACUCUGUUUUCUGGCUCGAAUACUGCACUUCAUUUCACCUCGAAGACGACCUGAAAACUUAAUUGUAUGGUCUAAUAUUUCUAUAUAUAUAUAUAUUUUCCUUCAAAAAAAAAAAAAAAAACAGAGCACAAUGUGCGGUUAGGAUUUGUAAUUGGGAAUAAUAUUGUUAAAAAGAAGAAAAAAGUUUGCUUCUAUCUUUUUCUAUGUGCCAUUGAAGAGGUCACAUGUACAAAUACAAACUGCAGAGACCCCUUUCCAGUUCAUGUUCUUGAAAAAUCAAUGCCAAAACUUUUUUUUUUGUAUGAGGAUCAUAUAUCAGCCUGUGGAGGCAGUUUAAGUGAUUUAUUGACAUUUCUUCAACACAGCACAGUUUGUAAUCUUUUCCGAGUAUUAUUCCCGCUCCCAAACGUUGCAGUGAACUCAAUUCAUGCUGCAUAAAUUUAUGUGAGGAUCAAAAAGAACCGUUUACCAUCCUGCUGGACUUAACAAAUACUGGCUGGAGCAACUCACACAAACUAGUAGAAGGUGAAAUACAGCAAAAAAAAAAAUCAUUCAGUAAAAUCUGCAACAGGUUCAAAGCUUUCGGUUGUGCAAAGUGACACCGUUGACAGUAAUAUUUUGUGUGCAAUAAGCUUCAUUUAUCCCUUCUCUAGUGUAAACAUAGUGAUGAUCCAGAGUUGUCGCCCUUGCUGUUGCCCUUCAGCUGUACAUACGCUUUGACGGCUGUGGCCCUGACAUGGACUAAGGGUUCUUUAGCAUCCUUCUUUUAAUUGCUGUGAUCGUAAAAUAAGCAGUUUUUUUGGCCGCUGCAGCUUCGAUUUAUUGUGGUGCCUGACCCUCUCUGACCCAAUGUGUAUCUUUUUUAAACGUGAACGACCAAAUAUUGGAGCACAUGAAAAUAGAUCCUUCGAUGUAUCUGAUUAAAUCGACCAUUCUUGGCUUUUCACAACUUUCUCGUGCACUUGUGUAAAAA